UAAGACGUGUGACGACUGAGCGGUGCCGUGACGUCAGCAGGGCUGUUAUAAGCGGACGGGCUGCUAUUCUUCUCUUCGCCAGUGGAAUAUCACAACCAGAUUUCUGCACCAUACAGGGCAGAGACGGGAACACACAAACACGAGCUAAAGCUGGCAGGCUGACACGAACAGACAGCUUUACAGGACGGAUUAUCUGGCAACUGACCAUUUAGCUGUGGCACACUCGGACUCCGUGUAAACGUGGGAUUUCGACCAUGAGCUCAGUCGCCGUACUUACGCAGGAACGCUUUAAUGAGCAUCGCAGUGGCCUUCUGCCAGAGCAGGGUGGAGCUGCUGUGGCAGGAUCAGGUGAGGCAGUAGAUGAGGAAAACCUCCCUACCUACAAGGAUGCCUUCCCACCUCUGCCUGAAAAGGCUGCUUCACCCGAGGGAGCAGUGGAGCCUGGAAACGCCUGGACUUCGAAAAUCAGGCCACUCAAGUCCUCAAUCAUCACCCAGGUGUUCCAUGUGCCUCUGGAGGAGCGCAAGUACAAGGACAUGAACCAGUUUGGAGAGGGAGACCAGGCCAAAGUAUGUGUUGACAUCAUGCACAAGACUGGUGCACACCUGGAACUCUCUAUGGCUAAGGACCAGGGGCUUUCCAUCAUGGUGUCUGGGAAACUGGAUGCUGUUAUGAAGGCCCGUAAGGAGAUUGUGUCCCGACUGCAGACUCAGGCUUCAGCUAAUGUGGCUAUCCCCAAGGAACAUCAUCGUUUUGUCAUUGGCAAAAAUGGGGAGAAGCUGCAGGAGCUUGAGCUCAAGACUGCCACCAAGAUCCAGAUCCCAAGACCAGACGACCCCAGCAAUCUCAUCAAGAUCUCUGGCACCAAGGAGGGCUUGGAGAAGGCCAAGCAUGAGAUCCUUCUCAUUUCUGCUGAGCAGGACAAACGUGCGGUGGAGAGACUGAACAUCGAUAAAGUGUACCAUCCUUUUAUCACCGGUGCCUAUAACAAGGUGGUGGGGGAGAUGAUGCAGGAAACUGGAGCCCGCAUCAACAUCCCACCACCCAGCAUUAACAAAACUGAGAUUGUCAUCACUGGGGAGAAAGAGCAGGUUGCUGUUGCAAUGGCCAUGAUCAAAAAGCUCUACGAAGAGAAGAAAAGAAAUGUCACCACAAUUGCUGUGGAGGUAAAGAAAUCUCAGCACAAAUAUGUGAUUGGUCCUAAGGGCAACACCCUGCAGGAGAUUCUGGACAGGACUGGCGUCUCGGUCGAGAUCCCACCCCCUGACAGCAGCUCAGAGACUGUCAUCUUGCGUGGGGAGCCAGACCGGCUAGGCCAGGCACUCACUGAGGUGUACGCCAAGGCAAACAGCUAUACGGUGUCCCAUGUCUCAGCUCCUUCUUGGCUUCAUCGCUUCAUUAUUGGGAAGAAGGGACAAAAUCUGGCAAAGAUCACUCAGCAACUGCCCAAGGUGCACAUCGAGUUCACUGAGGGUGAAGAUAAGAUCGUUCUUGAAGGACCUACCAAAGACAUCCAGAUAGUGCAGAGUCAGAUUGAAGCCAUUGUGACGGACCUGGUUAGUCGUAUGGAUUACACAGAGAUCAGUGUGGACCCAAAGUUCCACAGGCAUUUGAUAGGGAAAGGUGGUGCCAACAUCAACCGCAUUAAGGACCAGUACAAAGUUUCGGUGCGUAUUCCACCGGACAACGAGAAGAGCAACCUGAUCCGUAUCGAGGGCGACCCCCAGGGCGUAAAAGAGGCCAAGAAGGAGCUGCUUGAGCUGGCGUCACGCAUGGAGAACGAGCGUACAAAGGACAUGAUCAUUGAACAGCGUUUUCACCGAGCCAUCAUUGGGCAGAAAGGGGAGAAAAUCAAGGAGAUUCGGGACAAGUUCCCUGAAGUCAUCAUUAAUUUUCCUGACCCUUCACAUAAGAGCGACAUUGUACAGUUGAGAGGGCCUCGGACUGAGGUGGAGAAAUGCACAAAAUUUAUGCAGAAGAUGGUGGCUGAAAUGGUUGAGAACAGCUUUUCAGUCUCGGUUCCCAUCUUCAAGCAAUUCCACAAAAACAUUAUUGGAAAAGGAGGCGCAAAUAUUAAGAAGAUUCGUGAAGAGACCAACACUAAAAUUGACCUGCCUGCAGAGAACAGCAACUCUGAGAUGAUUGUCAUCACUGGGAAAAAGGCUAAUUGUGAGGCAGCGAAAAACAGGAUUCUGGCUAUUCAGAAGGAGCUGGCAAACAUAACAGAAGUGGAGGUGUCCAUCCCUUCAAAGCUGCACAACUCCCUGAUUGGUUCCAAAGGACGCUUUGUGCGUUCCAUCAUGGAGGAAUGCGGUGGGGUGCACAUCCAUUUCCCCACUGAGGGCUCUGGCAUUGAUGCUGUGACCAUCAGGGGACCAGCUGAGGAGGUGGAUAAGGCUAAAAAACAGCUGCUGUCCCUAGCUGAGGAGAAGCAAACUAAAAGCCACACAGCUGAGCUCCGUGCCAAGCCUGAGUACCACAAGUUCCUAAUUGGGAAAGGAGGCGGAAACAUUCGGAAGGUGCGUGACAGCACAGGUGCCAGAAUAAUUUUCCCCACACCUGAGGAUAAAGAUCAGGAACUGAUCACAGUCAUCGGCACUGAGGAGGCUGUAGCCGAAGCACAGAAGGAGCUUGAAGCCCUCAUCAAGAGUUUGGAUAAUGUGGUUGAGGAUAACUUAAGUGUGGAUCCCAAACACCACCGCUUCUUUGUGGCACGGCGUGGCCAGGUUCUGAGAGAGAUUGCAGACGAGUACGGUGGUGUGAUGGUUAGCUUUCCUCGCACUGGCUCUCAGACUGACAAGGUCACACUCAAAGGAGCCAAAGAUUGUGUGGAAGCUGCCAAAAAGCGCAUGCAGGAGAUUGUUGAAGAUUUGGAUGCACAGGUUACAAUGGAGUGUGUGAUUCCCCAGAAGUUCCAUCGUUCCAUUAUGGGUCCUAAAGGUGCUCGCAUUCAACAGAUCACCAGAGAUCACAAUGUCCAGAUCAAGUUCCCAGAGAGGGAGGAUGUACAAGCUUCACAGACUGAAGCCCAAGUGCAGGAGAAUGGAGAAGCAAAUGGUGAGAUGAAGGAGAACGCUGAUCCUGCGGCCCCAAAGAAAUGUGAUGUGAUUGUGCUUUCUGGUCGCAAAGAGAGAUGUGAGGCUGCUGUGGAAGCACUGAAGGCUCUGGUUCCUGUAACCAUUGAAGUGGAAGUGCCUUUUGAGCUUCAUCGCUACAUCAUUGGGCAGAAGGGAAGUGGCAUUCGCAAAAUGAUGGAUGAAUUUGAGGUCAAUAUUCAAGUGCCUGCUCCUGAGCUCCAGUCCGACAUAAUCUCCAUUACAGGCCUUGCUACUCAUCUGGACCGUGCUAAAGAAGGACUUCUUGAGCGCGUCAAAGAGCUGCAGGCUGAACAGGAGGAUCGGGCUCUCAGGAGCUUCAAGUUGACCAUCACUGUGGAUCCCAAAUAUCACCCCAAGAUCAUUGGUCGCAAGGGUGCCAUAAUCACCCAGAUUCGUACUGACCAUGAUGUCAACAUACAGUUUCCAGAGAAAAAUGAUGAAAACCAGGACCAGAUCAACAUCACAGGCUAUGAGCAGAAUGCUAUAGCAGCACGUGAUGCUAUCCAAGCCAUUGUUGACGAACUUGAGGAGAUGAUAUCUGAGGACAUUACCUUGGAUAGCAGAGUUCACGCUCGCAUCAUUGGUGCUCGUGGCAAGGGCAUUCGCAAAAUCAUGGAUGAGUUUAAAGUUGAUCUUAGGUUUCCUCAGAGUGGAGCUGCAGAUCCUAAUUUGGUUACUGUAACUGGCCGUCCAGAGAUGGUUGAUGAAGCCAUAGAUCACCUCCUGAACUUGGAGGAGGAAUAUAUGGCUGAUGUGGUAGAAAAUGAGGCAAAGAUGGCCUACAUGAAGCCAUCUGGAUCUGCAGCAGCCAACAAUGAAGAACCACGUGGGCCCUCCAAGGGCUUUGUGGUGAGGGAGGCACCCUGGGCUACCAGUAACGAGAAGGCCCCUGAUAUGAGUAGUUCUGAGGACUUCCCCAGCUUUGGUGCUCCUGUAGCUGCUGCCAGAUCUUCGCCAUGGGGACCUAAACGUUUUUGAAGUGAUCUGUGGUCAACAGUUGUCUCCCCUUAACCCUUUCUGCCCUUCGGUUUCUACCCUUUGGAUGUUGACUUACUAGUGAAAUGACCCAUAUUCCUCUCUUUCCAGUCCCCAACCAAAAAUAAAUUGUGCUGCACAUGUGUGUGCAUUAUUUUCUUAAGAUGACCUCUAAUAUUUCUCCCAGGUCUAGAAAGCUGUCUAAGGUUUUAUGAGCAUAAAAGGAGUUUCAUUGUACUCUACUGGGUUUAGUGUAUUUUAAUUCUGAUCUGCCUCUGUAGCUUUACCCAAUGGUUUGAAAAAUGAUUUUGUCUAAAUUGUUUGCUUUCAGAUCAUUGUGUGAUAGAUGAUACACACUCAACAGUGCUUCAGGUCUAAACAGUGAUUCAGUACAAACAUGUUAACUGUACACUUGAGUGUUCAGGGUUGAUUUAAGCUGCUCUGUUUUAGUUGCCUUUGCAGUGGGGUGGGGUAAAACAUACUGUAUACCUCUAAAGAUGCUUCUGAUUGAAGUCAUGCACCCAAAGGAAAUGGGUAACUGGUUUUUUUUUUUUUUUUUUUUUUUUCUUUUUCUUUUUCUUUUAAAACAUGUCUCUCCCCAAGGUAGCUGUAUAAUCUCGUUCAGACAUUUCGGUGGUCUUCCCCUCGUCCUGUCUUUCCCCUUUUUGUAAUUUUCAUGGAUCUGGACAGGAAAUCAGUGUUCAGCACAGCCUUAGAAUCUUUAAACAAUAGACAAACAUGUUCACUACAGAAUUCUCAACCAAACUGCCAGCUUUUUUUGAGGUGCAAGAUGUGUAGUCUCCUAUGAAAAUAGUUCUCUGACUUGAGGUCCACACUAAAUGAGUUGAUGUCUAUGCUGUCCCUUUUGAUAUUCAUAAAAAUCCUGAUUAUGGAAAAAUGAAUCAAAUCGUGCUGGGAGCGGAUAAAGCAUACCAUUUUGUGCCAAUAAAUUGUCAAGUAUG